CGCGUUACUAUGCUACCCUAUCAGCAUACCAUAACACCACAUUAGACGGCGAAGAGACAUUUGCUAAAAUAUACCUCAUAGCGGCCACUAUAAAGCGGACGACACGAACGAUUCUAGGCGACGAAGUAUCUGCGACCAAGAAAAGACUCUCGUCUUUGCUCUCCGACUGCGCUUUUUUUCCUUGCUCGUUUAGUUGGCACCGGCCUAUACCCACAACCAACUCGGACUCUGUGCGCGCCGUCUAUGGCGAACCCGACUUUGCCGAUGCGACCUUACACCUCCGGACUGAAUCGAGGGGCUGCGGGCGUGACAGGACUCGGCGCCUCGGCCGGCCAGCAGUCUGCGCGGCUGGAACGUGAGAGAGCGGACAGGGCGGAGAGGGAGAGGUUACAGCGGGAACAGGCAGCUGCUCUUGCCCCGCCAAGGAUAGAGGAUCUGACCGAGGAGCAGAGGGAGGAGAUCAAUGAGGCUUUCCAAUUGUUCGAUCUCGACAGGGACAAUCACAUCGAUUACCAUGAGCUCAAGGUCGCGAUGAAGGCGCUGGGCUUCGACCUGCCCAAGGCUGAGAUCACGUCGAUCCUGCAUCAGCACGGCGUACCAGCCAACACGGUGGCUUCCGGCAACACCGCUGCUUCGAGUGCGACCGCGUCUCGCGCGAAGGCGGCACAGACAAGUGCGCUCUCGCUCGCCGGACCCGCCAAACUCCUGCUCCCCCUCGCGUCCUUUCAGCAGAUCAUGGCGGCCAAGAUCCUCGCCCGUGACCCGCGAGACGAGAUAAACCGCGCCUUCGACCUGUUCGACGUGGAUGGAAAAGGUGGCAUCAGCGUGGAUGAUUUACGGCGUGUGGCCAGGGAGCUCAACGAGGGGCUGCAAGAGGAGGAGCUCGUGGCAAUGAUCGAGGAGUUUGAUCUUGAUGGUGACGGCAUCAUUUCGAGGGAAGAAUUUUUAGGCAUCUGCAUGAGCUGAUCUAAGCUGAAUCAUGCAAAUUAGGCUUUGGGCUAUCUAUACUUUCGACGGAUUGUUGGAGGGAAGUGCGUUAGCAUGGCGUUAACCUGGCGUUUAUGCAUCCUCUCAUCACGGUGGGUACACGUUUGCAUCAUGGAUGGCGUUCUGGAUAUCUUCCAUUCAGCAGGGGAACAGAGAAGGCAAAUGUCAGCGCUCAUUGUAGCUUGACACAUACUUGACACAAACCAAAUCAGUGCAUAAUUUCUGACAUCAUUUCAUUUGGGGGGGCUCUGCCAGCUCGCGCCGGCUGAAGAACCUCCUUGAGCUACUUGUAGGCGAAAUCUGCCGCAGGUGGUAGCGGUAGCUGCUGUUGUUCUACACACCUCGACUUAGCCCCCACAAAUUUCGUGGGAGCCUUUCUCAACACAUGAAUACAGGUUGAAAAUAAAAAAGACAUUGGGAGAAAAUGCCGUAUUAGAACGUGCUGCACAUUCACUUGGAGAGCCAGGAGAAUGCACUGGCACCACCCACCGGAUUUGCCGAUUUGGUCUUCCCAGCUCCUGCGGCUAUCGGUGUUGUCAUGUCCUUUUUACUGUUAGAACUCAGACUUAGGUUUGACCCUGAUGUUUCCAUGUUCGUUCUUCGGCCCCCAUCGGUGAAGUACCUCGACUGACUUGUGGCUGGGACGGAAACCGUUUCCACCGUGGGGGCAGAAGUUGUGGGAGCUCCUGUUGCGGAGACGGCCCUGGAAGAUUUCGUUGGGCGAAGAACUUUGAUACCUUGUUCUCGGCGUUGAUAGUUGCCGCUUGUCUUAGCCCACUGGCUUGAUGAUUUCCCCGACUCUGCAGAAUCGCGCCGCCAGGUUCCCCAGAUACUAGAAGGGGUUGUCGAUGAUGUAGCUCGCGAAUCUGGGUCCGCUUGGUCCAAAGAUUGUACCUUUGUCACUACAUUGACGGGAGCAGAGCGGUCUUCUAGGCUUUGACGCGUUGAACCAGUGGAAAUGUCCUCAGUAAUCGAGGGUCGGCUGGGCUGUUCAUCCAAGGACACGCGAGGGGAAGAUUGCUGACCCGAAGAAUCUGGAGAAAAUGACCCAUUUGUGGCUGUUUGUUUUAGUCCAUUGGAUAACGACGGUUGGCACGGUGGAGGCUGUUUUUUAGGAGCCUCUAGCACCGAAGGUGAAAGGCUCAUUGUGCGCAAGUUCUUGAAAGUUUGCUCAUUUUCAGGCCGUACCAUGGGGAUGGAGAGCUUGCAGCGAUCAUCGUCGUACAGAGUAAUGUUGUUUGUGGAAAAGCGAACAUCACCGUUGUGUGCUCUGAGAACGUCGCUGCCGAUGAAAAUCUGGAUUGAUGGAUCGUUUUCGUCAGAACGUUGAGUGACCACCGUGAAGUCGACUGCGAUCGAGGGUAGUUGAGGGGUGGGACUGCUUGGUCGGGACGAAGAAACAUUUCUGGUGGUGGCCUCUGGAAAGUAAACAGGAAGCUUGAUCUUCUUGUCUGUCUCGUCUCGAACUUGCUCUUUGUAGCCGAGCUGGGCAACAAGUCUCUCGUCGAGGUAGGAUCCAUGUGAGCCGGUGCACACAGCGGCGUACAGUAAUGAAUCGUGCUUAAAGUUCUCGUUGAGCCAGCAGCGUAUAAUGGACGGCACGGAACCCAGCACAAAAAGGCCUGGUGCAAAGGCAGGCGCCUCCAUAGGCGAGGUUCCCAAUCCAGAGAACGGCGUAUCUAUACCCAGACUGUUGGCUCUGCCAGAAGUUGCUGAAUGUACAGACUGACCGGCGGAGCUCUGCCGUCCAUCCGACUUGUGUGAAUAGGUCCGCUCAAUCAUGGGAUGCGAGCUUAGACUGCUGCCAGAGCGAGGAAUGAGGUCUAUGGACGAGC